AAAGGCUCCAUUGUCGCCUCCAACAAAGUGUCCAACAGGGUCCUCUCGGUCUCCUUCUCUCAGGACAACAGUUAUUUCGUCACGGCAGGAAACCGACACGUGAAGUUUUGGUACCUGGACGCCUCCAAAGAACAGCGAGUGAACAGCACAGUCCCUCUGAUUGGUCGGUCGGGGCUGCUGGACGACCAUAAGAACAGCGUGUUCUGUGGCGUGGCGUGUGGGCGGGGCCUCAUGGCGAGCAACACCUACUGCAUCACCAGCUGUGGUCUGCUGUGUCUGUUCAACAGCAGCCGACAGCUGGGGGCCUGGGUGGACCUGAAGGUGUCUGCAGCCAGAUGCCUGGCCCUCAGUGAGGACUCCAUCUUCUGUGGCUGCUCAGACGGUCUGGUCAGGGUCUUCCGGCCCUCUGACCUGCAGUAUGUGGUCACUCUGCAGCGGCCUCACCUCGUCGGGGUGGACCUCGCUCAGCCCAGCCCGCUGCCUGCCGGCCCCGGGGUCCAGCAUCCCGACACGCUGGCUCUGACCUUUGACCCCAGAGGUAAACACCUGACCUGCGUCUACAGCGACCACAGCGUGUACGUGUGGGACGUCCAGGACCUGAGGAACGUCAGGAAGCUCUACUCUGCUCUGUACCACAGCRGCUGUGUGUGGAGCGUGGAGGUGUACCCGGAGCUGCAGGACCCGUCUCAGGCCUGCCUGCCUGCGUCGUCCUUCCUCACCUGUUCCUCUGACAACACCAUCCGACUGUGGAACACCGACCCCCCCACUGGACCCAGGAACCUCUACAGCCAGGACCUGCUGAGGAUCCUGCAUGUGGGGGAGAGGACCGGGGGCAAGGCAGGGGUACGAGUCCUGGCUGUCAGUCCUGAUGGACAGCACCUGGCUGCUGGAGACUGCUGUGGAAACCUGCGGAUCUUUGCUCUGCAGUUUCUGGAUGAGCUGGUGAAGAUUGAAGCUCACAACUCAGAUGUUCUGUGUCUGGAGUUCUCUCCUCCCUCCACAGGUGUGAAGCUGUUGGCCUCAGCCAGCAGGGACCGUCUGAUCCACAUCUUCAACGUGGACAGGAGUUACAGCCUGGAGCAAACCCUGAGUGACCACUCAGCAUCUAUCACUGCUGUGAAGUUCACAGGUGAGGGUCAGGAGGUCCAGAUCGUGAGCUGUGGAGCCGACAAGAGCAUCUACUUCCAGACAGCAGAGCAGACCGCAGAGGGCCUGAUGUUUUCCAGGAGUCACCACGUGGUGGAGAAGACCACCUUGUACGACAUGGACCUGGACUCCUCCAGGACUCACGUGGCCAUCGCCUGUCAGGACCGAAACAUCAG